UUAAAAAGUCACAUGUUGUUUUCAGAACCCUAUUCUCUGCUCUAUAAACCACACGAUACGCAUGCUUAACAGCCCCUUAGCAUAUUCGGAAAAUCCAGUUGACUCAGCCGAUCAGCGGAGUCAGAGCUCUGAACUCACCUGAAAUAUACAUUCAUAUACAUUUGAGCUCUGAUUGACUCGGCUCUGGUCUCUCCAUUGACCUAGGGUUUCUCGCUCUCACUUUGUCUCUCUGACGGACCAGACAUGAGUCUCUCUGUGGUACAAGGAUUCACCAAGUCGCUUGCUAUGACUGUGCUAUCGGAGAUCGGUGAUAAGACGUUUUUUGCAGCUGCGAUCUUGGCAAUGCGCCACCCUAGGAGACUUGUCUUGUCUGGAUGUCUAGCAGCUUUGAUUGUGAUGACUAUUCUAUCUGUUCUUGUUGGCUGGGCUGCUCCAAAUCUGAUUUCUCGUAAAUGGACUCAUCACGUAACAACUUUAUUGUUUUUUGGCUUCGGGCUAUGGUCCCUGUGGGAUGCAUUUAAUGAAGGGGAGGCUGAAGAACUGGCUGAAGUUGAAGCAAAGCUGGAUGCAGAUCUGAAAGCUAGUACUGGAACAACCAAAGAGAAUAACAAGGUGGAUGAUGAUUUGAAAAAGCAGAGGCGACCUGUAAUCACUCAGUUCUUCUCACCCAUCUUUCUGAAGGCAUUUUCCAUUACGUUCUUUGGUGAAUGGGGAGACAAGAGCCAGCUAGCUACCAUUGGUUUGGCUGCAGAUGAGAAUCCGUUUGGUGUUGUUCUUGGUGGAAUUUUAGGACAAGCUUUGUGCACGACUGCUGCAGUCUUGGGAGGAAAGAGCUUGGCAGCUCAGAUAUCUGAGAGAGUGGUUGCACUGUCAGGUGGAAUUCUUUUCAUUGUUUUUGGGAUCCAGUCCUUCCUUUCUACAGUUGAAUCAUGAUGUAGCAUUGCUAAUGGUUAGUAUUUACCAUCAAUGCAUUCAUGAAACAGAUCUUUAAUAUGAAUAUUAUUGCAAGUACGAUCCCACAGGUGUAAUUUAUUAAAUUGCCAAGGGUAGGAUCUCCGUUUUGUAGGAUGUCUCUCUCUCCCCCUCUCAUAGUUUACUGUGUAUAUGUGGACAUGCACACCCACAGCUUACUCUUUCUCCUCAUCUCCAAAAUAAGUCUCAUUUCGAACCACUUUUAAAUAAGCCACCAUCUUAUGUUCAUCUAUGCGUUUUUGGUUGUCUUUGCUAUGCGCAGACACUCAAAGCACAUCGGGAUAAAUUUUCACCGCGUGCCACCAAAUAUGUCUUCCUAGGUUACCCUAGCUCACACGAAGCCUAUAGUGUCUAUGAUCUUGAUUCUAACCAAUUUUUUUUUUGUAGAAAAUGAUCUUUCCUUUUUCCACUCUGCCACAUCCUCCCGCCCUUCCACUUCCUGAUGCGUGCUAAAUGCAAGAGCAUGCACACAAAUGCCCUCGACCAUGAACAUAAAUAUACACCACUGGAUACUUCCUGUUGCUGGAUUAUAUCUCUUUUUCCUUUUUGUGGUUGCAUGCAGAGAAAAGGAAGAUGACUAUUUUCCCUUGCAGAACAGCGUACGACUUUUGACAUGCUGAAAUUUCUCUUCCA